AUGAACUCAGAACCUCUUAAAACGCCAAAGAGACCACCUUCAACAUCCCCAUCUUCUGGCACCCAGUUUUUGGACUCUCAUUCCUCAACAACCAUGGAUAUUUUCAAUUUCUCAUUGCCUUCCUCGAAAAUUCCAAAACUUUCCCAAUCUGUCCUGGCUCAUUCCAUAUCUUCUCUUGACCUGGUCCCCGAGCUAUCGAAUUCAAACUCAAACUCUUCUCUAGAUAUGCUCUCUUUAUCAACCCCAAAUCGCGCUCAUAAUCGCGGCUCAUCUUUAACGUUUUUCACUCCUUUAAAUAACAACAUUUCUUCAACUUCUUCUCCUUCAAUCAAUAGAUCUGCAAGGGCCAACACCACUACUGGUUCUAUAAGACCUAGACCGAAAAACUUAUCGAUCUCCAGAUCUCAGAGUGGUAUGAACCCGUUUUACAAUUCAUCUUUGAUUUCCCCAACUCAUUCAACUUCAUCGCCAGGCUCAACUCCUUUGCAAACUCCAUCACAGGCUAACUUUCCUGAUGCCGAUGGAGAUUCUCCAUUUAGAUUGACUUUUGAUGAAAACCAUAAUAGUGGUCAUAUCAAUACAGUGGCAUCUCGUACCUUUGCCAUCCCAAAAUCAAAAUCGUUCAAUGGUCAUUCUGCCUCAAAGUUCCCACCAACAGUCAUCAACAAUAAUAGCCACAAUAAUUCCAAUGAUACAUUGAUUGACAUGUACAAGUCUUUUGAACAACAACUGCAAAACCAAAAUGACAGCACUUUAGAAUUUCUCGAUCAAUUUGAUCUUGACAAUACCGUCAUGGAAGAUUCGGGUAGCCAAGCCGUAAACGCCACCAACCAUCAAAGUUCGACUGGAAGUUUCCUUGGAUCAGAAUUCAAUAGUGAUAUUUUUCUACAGGCUGCUGAUAUGACCCUUAAAAUGGUUUCUCUGGGCAUUCCGAGUACCAUGGAAUCGUCAAAUAUUAAUAAUAACGCAAAUUACGACUCCACUAUUAAUCCUAACUUGAUUAAUAUUAACAGCUCUGGUCUGCAGACUUCUCUUCAACAGCCAAGCAGAAUCACCCGUUCUGAAGGAUCUAUUAAUCUUGCCAGCUAUGUUAAUAAUGGUGCCGCGAACCAAGAAUCCUCUUCUGCCUCGUCAACUGGCUCCCAUGGGACCCCUAUUACUAAUAAAGCGGAUCUUGUUGACCAUCAUGCUAUGCAUCAAGUGAAUCCGCCACCAUUGCUCUCAUCAGCUCCACCUACUAGUCAUGGCGAAUUAUCCCAUUCUCUUUCCCACCCAACCAACCUUACAGCUCAUCUUCAUCAACCACAUCAUCAGUUAGUGCAGUUCCCUCAAUACGCUCCACCAAUGCAUCCUUCAGCACUGUUCUCACACCUUGGGGGUCUUCAAUCUCACAAUCCAAUUUUGCCUAACCUGAUGUCUACUCCACAACUCCUUUCUAGUCCUCAUAAGAACCCCGACUCUCCUGAGCUGCUUGCUGUCAGCGGCAUCAGCGCCACUCAAGUUGCCGCUGCAGCAUUACUUCUUCCAGAAGGUUUGGAUGAAUCAAAACUCAUCAUUAAGAAAACCAAGAGAUUGCGCAAAUCUUCUCUUUCAAUUCCAUCAACAAUGAGAGACCCAAAUAGUGUUAAUGUUGAAGGUAUUACCAAUUCUAUUGCUCCGCCAUCUGCGACCCCGACAAGAAAAUCUAAAAAGAAUCAUGAAUGUCCCCUAUGUGGUCUGAGAUUCCAGAGACCAGAGCAUGUGAAGCGUCAUAUGAGAUCUCAUAGUAGCGAAAAGCCAUUUCACUGUGAUCAACCAAACUGUACCAAGAGAUUCAACCGAAGUGAUAAUUUAAAGGCUCACUUGAGAAAGAUCCACAAAUUGCAAAUCUAA